UCCUUCCUCUGAACUAUGUCUCUUCUCCAAUCCCGAUCAUUUCUAUCUCUCUUCACAAUCCUUUCUCUUCUUCUCUUUCUCUCCCGUUGUUCUUACGCGAUUAGGUCUCUCCCUGCUACGGAUUCUUGGGAUAAAGAAAACUACCAUGAAAUUGGUGGAUUUCCCGAUGGAUUAUUGCCCACCUUCGCCGAAGCACCUGAAUACCGAAACGGCGCUGAAUGUCCCAUUUUGGUACCUAAUUUUAUGGAAUCGCCGCAGUGUUACCCAGAUCAUGUUCGCAUCGCCAUGACUCUCGAUAGAGAGUAUCUCAGGGGUUCCAUGGCUGCUGUUCACUCUGUUCUCAAGCAUUCUUCGUGUCCCGAACAUGUCUUCUUUCACUUCGUCGCUGCAGAAUCCGAUUCGGCUGAUCCUAUGGUCCUCUCCCGACUCGUUCGCUCGACUUUUCCCUCCCUCAAUUUCAAGGUUUAUCUCUUCAGAGUCGAUGCCGUCAAGAAUCUCAUCUCUGCUUCAAUCCGGCAAGCGCUCGAGAAUCCGCUCAACUACGCGAGGAACUAUCUCUCCGACAUACUCGAGCCCUGUGUUCACCGUGUGAUCUAUCUUGACUCCGAUGUCAUCGUUGUAGACGAUAUUAGGAAGCUUUGGGAAACCUCGCUUACUGGGUUGCGCGUCAUUGGAGCACCAGAGUAUUGUCACGCUAAUUUCACCAAGUAUUUCUCUGAUGGUUUCUGGGCUGAUCCGACCUUGUCGAGGGUUUUUAAUGGCAGAAAGCCCUGCUACUUCAAUACCGGUGUGAUGGUUAUGGAUCUUGACAGAUGGAGGCAAGGAAAUUACGGGAAGAAGAUUGAGGGUUGGAUGCAGUUGCAGAAACGCAGGAGAAUUUACGAGUUGGGUUCCCUUCCACCAUUCUUGCUGAUUUUUGCUGGAGAUGUUGAGCCUAUUGACCACCAAUGGAACCAACAUGGUCUCGGUGGGGAUAAUGUGGUGGGUAGUUGCAGAACUUUACAUCCCGGCGCUGUGAGUUUGCUACAUUGGAGUGGGAAGGGGAAACCAUGGGUGAGACUUGAUGCAAAGAAGCCAUGUCCUCUUGAUUUGCUGUGGGAGCCUUACGAUCUCUACAGACCUCAACAGCAACAACAAGUAGUAUUGGUCUCACUACAAAUGUCGAUUACUUGGCUUUCUUCAUUGUAAUCAGAAUUUUUAUUCAUUUUCUUUGAUUCUUUUUGACAAUUCAGAGUGAUUCUUUCACUUAAUUUUGUAUAGAGUAAAGAUUAGAAGCAAAAACCCUUCAAGAUAUUGAGAUUGGGUAAUUUUUUCUUUGUAUAAUCAUUUUCUUUGGAGGUGAAUUUGAUAUCUUCUUUCCAUCUCUCCAU